CACCUAGCAGUCGCUACGAGAGGUCCUUUGUAAAAUGAUUGUCAAAAAACAUUUUCUCGCGUUAUGUUCGUUCGUUUUAGUAGCAAUAGUAGGUGCUGCUAAAAACUCGGAAGAGGCUAAACCAGACAUAGCAAGAGUAGCAGCGGUAGGGAAAACGAGACGAGCUAAAAUGGAGGAUAAAACUUCCGUCGGUACAUUAAACAACGUGAUAACUCAAAUUCAAAAUCUACCUAACAUGGAUUUGGGCAAAAGAUUCAGGACGCCGUGCAAAACAGGGAACCGAUGUGGAAAGAUUAUAAGAAGACUGAUGGUACCGAAGUUGGCGCAACUGGAAAACACCAUCAUGGGCAUCAUGAAGGAGAUAGCCAAGAUGCCACCGGGAGCGCGACUUCCCGAUAAGUUCACCAAGACGGAGCCUAUCAAACUGCUGCUGGACCAGAAUUAUAAGGAGGAAGUAUGCACAGACAAACUGGAGACCUGCCUGAAAGAAGACAAGCGACGCAAGCGCAUACUCAAGAAGUUGUUCUUUAAAAAGUACAACGGGCUAAGGCAGGAACUCAUCGGUUACGGGGGCCGACGACUUUGGGGAGGGGAGGGUAACUUGUUCUACAGGAAGUAAUGCGAAAGGGGAGUAGGGAUGAAUGUUUCGAUGAUUUAGUACCUAGAUAUAUGUUUACACACUAUUGCUACUGUUACUUAGUGUAGGUAGUAGGUAAAUAUUCAGUGUUUGUUUCAGUUGAAAGAGCAAUAAAUGUUUUUGCAGUA